AUGCUUGGCAGAAGACCUAAAAAAAGCCCUCAGGCAAAGGGCCAGGGAGCUGCAGUUGCAAAGCAGCUGGGGCUGUUUGUAGAUUUCAAUCCUGAAGAGAUGCUGCUGGGUGCAGAGGAAGGUGGGGAUGAUGGGGACCUAGAAGCAGAGCUUGCUGCUAUCACAGGAGCGAAGGUGAAAGAAGGGAAGUCAAAACCAAAAGGGAAAACUCCUCUGCCCAUGGAUCAUAUUGAAAAGAUGGCUGCAGAGUGUAUGAAGGACCUGAAUGAAGAUGAGGAGGAAGAAGCAGAUGAUGAAGACUUGGAGAAAGAUACAGACCUGUUGGCAGAAUUGCAAAAAGUUCUGGGAGCAGAAGGUGAGACAGGAAGCUGUGAGGAUGAAAUGAUACCAGUGGAGCCAUCCACAGCUGAACCGGAAAAUGAGCAACCUGAACUGCAGCCGCAGACCACCUCGCUUCCUGCUGUUACCAGUGAGCUGCAACAGACAAUAGAGAAGAGAAUUGCUAACUACAGGACAGCAAUUUUGAAUGCAAAGGAGUCAGGUGAGAGUGCCAAAGUACGCCGAUACGAAAGAGGCCUUAAGACACUGGAAACCAUGCUGGCUGCAGUGAAGAAAGGCAAAAAAAUCAAUGAGGAAGAAAUGCCACCUCCUGUUGCAACGGGGAAGAGUUCUCACUUACCUCAAGCCACGGGAGUGGACCUAGAGAAUUCAGGAGAUUCAGUCAGUGUCCUACCAGAGAAUAAAGCUGAGUCUGCUGCAGAUGAUGAGCAGAAGACCUCUCAUGAGGCAGUGCAGCAUCUGGAAUCAGAGUCUCUACAGGGUCAUGCUGCUUCCAGUCCUACCGUGGAAAUAGAUCUCCAGAAGAGCAGGACACGAGCAAUGCUACUUACGAGGCAGAAAGAGUAUAAAUUAGCAGCUUUAAAAGCCAAGCAGCAAGGGGACUUGGAGAAAGCAAAGGAGUACAUGAAGGCAGGCAAGAAAUUUAAUGUGGUCUUGGAAGCUUUGGACAGUGGGCAGCCGGUAGACCUCCAGAAUAUGCCUCCAUCUCCUCAGGAUCUUGAAAGCCUAGAAAACGUACAAGAUGCAUCCAAACAAAAGGUACCAGCUCCAGUGGGAAGUUCCCAGGAUCUUACAACACCUGAACCUCAGACCCGAGAAGCUUCAGCUUCCCUGCAGCAGCCAAAAACAGUGCUGGAAGCAUUGCAGCAAAGGCUUGAGAAGUACAAGUUGGCAGCAGCACAAGCUAAAGCAAGUGGGGAUGAUCGGAAAGGCAGGAUGCACGAGAGGAUAGCCAAGCAAUACCAGGAUGCCAUAAGAGCCCACAAAGCAGGGAGAAAAGUGAAUUUUUCUGAGCUACCUGUUCCUCCUGGAUUUCCCCCUCUGCCUGGUGUUGCAGCAACGGAUGGUGACAGCACAAUAGCUGCUGUUCUGGAAAGUGCCAGCAAGCUGGCAAACAUGGAGGAGAAUGAUGAAGAAGAGGAGAAUGAACCUCUGACGCAGGCUCCAGCCGCCAAGGACCCUGCUCAGCUGCCUGGAAAGCCGACUCAGGUUGUUAGGCCAAUUCCAGUGUCGCCUGCUGUAGCUGAGGAGAGCAGCUCUCCUGAGCGUGUGAAACGAGCUGCAUCACCCUCCACCCUGGACAAGGCGGAGUCAAUGGAUCAUCUCCCUUCGGCUGCUAGGGAACAGCUGGAAUUUCUGGAGAACAGGAAGAAGCAAUACAUGAAGGCAGCCGUCAAAGCAAAGAAGGAAAAUAACCUUGAACAGGCUAAGACGUAUCUCAGAACAGCAAAGAGUUUUGACCUAAAGAUUGAGCAAGCAAAAUGUGGCAAACCUGUUGAUAUUUCCAAGCUCCCAUCACCCCCUACAGAUGAUGAGGGUGAUUUUAUCUUCAUACACCAUGAAGAUGUCAGACUGUCUCAGAAAGCAGAUGAAGUAUAUGCACAGCUCAUAAAAUUGCUGAAGGACCAACAUGAGAGGUGUUUGCAGUAUUCCAAGCAAUUCAUGCAUCUGGGAAACGUAACGGAAACGACUCGGUUUGAGAAACUGGCACAAGGUUGUAAGAAGGACAUGGACAUCCUGCAGCUUGCACGAGCGCAAGGAAUGGAUCCUCCAAGCCAUCACUUUGAGGAAAGAACCUUUAAAAUGAUAAGGAUAUUUUCUGAGCUUAACAGCACAGAAAUGCACCUUCUUAUUGUCAGGGGGAUAAACCUACCAGCUCCGCCAGGUGUAUCACCAAGAGAUUUGGAUGCAUUUGUGAAGUUUGAAUUUCAGUACCCGAGUGCGGAGCAACCUCAAAAGAGUAAAACGCCUGUAAUUAACAAUAACAGUUCUCCAGAAUAUAACCAGCUGUUUAAGUUGAAUAUCAACCGAAAUCACAGAGGUUUCCGACGAGCAAUUCGGUCCAAAGGAAUUAAAUUCGAAGUAUUUCAUAAAGGGUCCUUUUUCAGAAGUGACAAACAGGUGGGGACAGCACACUUGAAACUGGACAAGCUGGAAUCGGAAUGUGAAGUUAGAGAGAUCAUCGAGAUUUUUGAUGGCAGAAAGCCCACUGGAGGGAAACUGGAGGUAAAAGUGAGACUCAGGGAGCCCCUCAGUGGUCAAGAUCUUCAAACAAUUACAGAAAAUUGGCUGGUCCUUGAACAUUAG